UAUUUUAAUAAUUAUUUUAAUGAAAGUGUCCCUUUAAGAUUUUGGUUUUCAUUAACCUAAUGCUCCAGAAAUAAACACACCUCGAUCUUUAGAGGCUUGUAGAAGAGAGGGAAUAAGUCCAAGUGAAAUUGUAAAAGUUUCAUUUGAGGAAUAUUAAAAAAAGUAUAGGUUAUCUAAUUUGGAUGCAAAAGGAAUUGAAACUUAUUAUAAACAUUUUGAAGAGAAGAGGGAAGAAAAAUAUAGAGAUCUUAUUAAAUAAAGACAUAUUGUAUUAGAAGAUGAAAAGACAGGUAAAAUAGUGUAACAAUUAUAUUUAGGUUUAUGGAGUCCAGAUGGAUUAGGCAAAAGUAAAAUGAUCUCAAAAUAUUCUUAAUAAGAUGCUUCAUCUUUAAUUGAAAAAGAGAAGUAAUAAAUUGAAAAGAUUAAGAAGAAGUAAUAAAAAGAAAUUGAAAAUAUGCUAGAGUUUGAAUUAAAAUUAUAGGAGAUUAAAGAAUAAAAUGAAAAGAAAUUAUAGGAUGAAAAGAUUAAAUAGAAAUAGAGAGAAUUAGAAUUAGAGAGAAAAAGAGCUUAAUAGGAAGAAAUUAAAAAACAGAAGGAGUUGCAAAAGUAACAAAAAAAAGAAUAAGAAGAAUUGGCCUUAAAAGAAAGAAUGAAAUUAAUUGAAUAAAAAGAACAAGAACGUAUUAAAUAAGAAGAAUUAAAAUAAAGAUUAAGAGAAGAAGAAAAUAAAAAAAAAGAAGAUGAAAAGAAAGCAUUAUAAGAAAAAUUGAGAAAAUUAAAUGAGGAAAAUAUUAGAUAAUAAAUGGAAGUAUUAGAAAAAAGAAAAAAAGAAAUGGAUGAAAAGACUGAAUAAAGAAAAAAGAUGAUGGAAGAAUAAAAAGAAAAAAAGAAAUAAGAAGCAGAAAAAGCAAGAAUAGAAAAUGAAGAAAGAAUUAAAUAAGCAAAAGAAAGAAAUGAACAAGAAGUUUUAAGAGUUAAAGAAGAAGUUGAAAAAAAAUUAUAAAUUAGUGAAUAAAAAAGAUUAUAAUUUGAAGAAGAAAAAAGAAAAAAAUUAGAAUAAUAAAAAAUUGAAGCAGAAUAACAUGCUGAAAUGAUAAAAAAAGUAAUUGAAUAAAAUGAAUAAAUGGAAAUAGAGAAAAAAAAAGAAUAUUUAAGAAAAAUUGAUGAAGCAGAAGAAAGAAGAAAAUAAUUAGAAAAAGAAUAAGAAAAAGAAAAAGAAAAAAAAAGAUAAGAAGAACAUGAAAAAGAAUAAUAAAGACAUUAAGUAUUAUUAUAAAACGAAUAAAGGCAAAAAGAGAGAAUUGAAGAGUUUUUGAAAAAGUUUUCAGAAAAGGAUGAGAAUCUAUAGAAAGUUUAAUUAGAAAGAUCAAUUUAAAUAACUGAUAAAAGAAAUUAAGAUACAUUGAAAAGAAUUGAUAAAAAAGACAAUGUUGAAAGAAUAAUGAAAAAAUAAGAAUAUGAUAGAAUGAAAUUAUAAGAAAAACUAAAUGAAAAAAUGGAAAGAGCUGAUAAAAUAUAAGAAGAUUUAGAAUAAUUAUUAUUAUAAAGAUAAAAUAUGAGAAGAGAAAUUGAUAGACAAAAAAGAGAUCUGUUAUUAAAAUUAGAGAAAAUAAGAGAAGGUAAAAUACCUGCUUCUGAAAUCUAAAAAUAAUUUGGUAUAACAUCUACUGAUCUAAAAUCAUAAGCUCAUGAAGAAUCAAAUUAUGCUAGAAAAUCCUAAUCUUAAUCUAUUAAUAAAAAUAAUAAAAAAUAAAUGACUUUAGCAAAACCUUUUACUACUAUAAGAUAAUCUUAAGUUUUAGAUAAACUUCCAGAUAUUAAUUCAUCAUCACCUUAAUUAUAAGAAACAUUAAAUAAUAAUACAAAUCUAAGAUCUGUGGAUUCAGCAUAAUAACUAUAAUAAUAACCAAUAUAACAACAAUGUACAAUAUUUAUUAUUAUUCUUAUGUAGAAAAAAAAUCUCCAAAAAGAAGUAAAAAGUAAGAAAUAGUCAAAUCAAAGCCACUUGAACCACCUAAUCCAGAAGUCUUAUUUGAACUUAAUUAAAUAAUUCAAAGAUAAAAUUAAGAGAUUAUGAGAGUUUUUAUGGAAGAAUAGGCUAAUGAAAAUAGGAGGGAUGAUAAAUUGAGAAAUUGUAAAUUAGAAAAUAGAGCAAAGUUAGAAAAACUCUAGAGUUUAGAGAGAUAAAAAGCUCAACAAAGAAUUCAAAAGCUUUAAGAAUAACACUAAUACGAAUAAUAAUAAUUUAAGUUAGCUCACAAUCUAAUUGAUUGAUUUUAUUUUAUUUAAUAUUUU